GAAGUUGGCUACGAUGAACCCCAAAAACCCUAGAAAAUGGCGGUUCACAUGGGAAGACGAUCACAAUUGGCUGGAGGAGCUUCUCCAGGCGAUUGACAAAGACAUGGAUGGUUCCGAUGGUGUGGUGGUAGUUGGAGAGUACACACCCCCGAAGCUGAAGCUUAAGUCCUGCAGAUCGUCUAAACUGGUCAGGGAUUUUGAGGAUGAUGAUGAUUGUGUGAUUUUGGAUGGCGAUCCGGAUAAGCCUGAUCAGCCGGUGAAGGAUACAGCGACAGUGAUGAGGAUGAGCUGCUUGUUGUGGGCGAGAUAGAGGCUCACGAAUUGGUAAUUUAGGCCAGCAAUUUGUCUCCUCUGGUGCAAAUAUCAAGAAUCAGAUGUUUGGUGUUGGUCCCCCUUUUCAAACUGAUCAAUCUUUUUAUGGUACUUCAGAUAUAAAUUAUAUUCCCAGUU